AUAUAUAUCCAUUAUACUGCACAACAAUAUUACAAAGGAAAAAAAAAAAAUAUGGGAAGACAAAACCGGGGUACAAAUGCGGGACCUCAAGAUAAACAACACUUCAGUCAUCAACACGCCUUGAAACUAAUUGUGAAUCCAACUGAAACAAUACUCACUUGCAAUGCUUGUGAGAAACCAAACAAUACUAACAAGCCUUUCUACGGCUGCAACACCUGCCAAUAUUUCCUUCAUGAAAACUGCUUCAACGCUCCGCGUUUUCUCAAUCACGCGUCUCAUCCUUCCCAUCCUCUGACCCUUCUCCCAAGGGCGACUUACUCGAGUUGUUCCUUUAAUUGCAAGGCGUGUGACACUGUUGGCAAUGGAUUUUGCUUUAGCUGUGCUUGUUGUGAAUUUGAUAUUCACUUGCAAUGUGCAUCUCUUCAGAGUUUGAUACUUAUUGAUAAACACCCGCAUCAAUUGGAGCUCAACUUCGGUUCUCCUUACGAAGACAAGGAUAGUGAAUAUGUUUGUGAUAUCUGCAGUGAAAUAAUGAAUAAGGAGAAUUGGUUGUACUACUGCGGUGGGUGUGAUUUCGCAUCACACUUGCACUGUGCAAUAACUAGUCCUGAAGUUGGUGUUUUCGCCAAACAGCAGCAGCGUCCAGUUCCAAAUCAAAAUCAAAAUUCAAAUUCAAAUAGAAAUCCAAAUGCAACAGUAGAUAUGAUAAAUUCAGCAAAUGAAGCUCAUGAACAGAUAAUGGCAGCUCAACUUCGUGCUCAGAUUGCGGCACGAGGAAGAGAGGCUUGUCUGGACUUGGUGACUCCACGAAGACGAUACGGUUACUAUAACAGAAUGGGAAGACUGAACGGGGGUACAAAUGAGGGUAAACAACACUUCAGCCAUCAACACGUCUUGAAACAAAUUGUGAAUCCAACUGAAUUAACUCUCACUUGCAAUGCUUGUGAGAAACCAAACAAUACUAACAAGCCUUUCUACGGCUGCAACACCUGCCAAUAUUUCCUCCACGAAAACUGUUUUAAUGCUCCGCGUAUUCUCAUUCACUCAUCUCAUCCUUCCCACCCGUUGACCCUUCGCCAAAUUUCGUCUUACGUGAGUGGUUCCUAUAUUUGCAAUGCUUGUGGCUCUGGUGGAAAUGGAUUUUGUUUUAACUGUUCUGAUUGUGAAUUUGAUAUACACUUGCAAUGUGCAUCCUGUCCUAGCUCCACACUUGUUGAUAAACACACGCAUCAAUUGGAGCUCCACUACGGUUAUCCUGAGGAUAACGAAUAUGUUUGCGAUAUCUGCUUUGUAAGGAUGAACAAUGACAACUGGUUUUACUAUUGCGGUGGGUGUGAUUUCGCUUCACACUUGAACUGUGCGAUAAUUAGUCCUGAAGUCGGUGUUUUCCCAAAACAGCAGUGCCCAAAUCCAAAUUCAAAUCCAAAUCCAAGUCAGAAUUCAAAUCCAAGUCGGAAUUCUAGUGCGAAUGCAGCUGUGGAAAUGAUAAACUCAGUGAAUGAUGAUCAUGACCGGCUUAUAGCAGCGCAAAUUGGAGCUCAGAUUGCGGCACGAUCAAGACAGGCUAUUCUGGACUUAUGGUAGACAAUCACGAAUAUUUAUUUACAUAUAAUUCUAUCGUGAUUAUCUACCUUCUUCUGUAAAACUGAAGCAAAAAUAAAUGCUUUAUUAUUGUUAUCUUGUUAUUUCUCUUUCAGAUUUGUAUCUUUAAUUAUAAAGUUUAUCCAUUUUCGUUUUGGUUUC